AUGCUGGCUUGUGUUGUUGCCAAGGGUAUAUGGGUCUGGGACACACUGGUACCAGGGUCCACUAUCUGUCAGCAUAAAAAUCUAGAGAGUAUUUCAAUCACAUCCAUCGAAAUAUCACCAGAUGCAAAGCGUCUCUUGUACUGUGCGCAAGAGAAGAAUUCGGUCAAUAACAGUACAGUGGUCUUCAUGCUGGAUAUAAUGAAGAAUCAAAUUAUAGCUAGGCAUUCUCUUGAUCUUGAUUCAAGUUGUCAUAUAUGUUUGAAUCCAAACAGCGGUCAGGUGAUAUCAACGUCUAAACGAGGCUUCAAGGUCUGGGAUGCACUGAUGGAGAA